UUUCAGACCUUCCCAGAAAAAAAACUCAAACGGCUUCCACAGGGCAUGACAGCCGAGGCGGAUCUGUUAGAGGGAUAUGAUGAGGAGCUCGGCGGAAACGAGUCUCAAAAACGUGACUGUAAGGGCAUCACCACCGCUAUAGUCGUGGUGCUCCUCAUAUUGGUAAUGAUAUUCGCAGCGCUGGUAUUCUUCACACCACUUUUUGCUGCUAAAUCAUUUGGAUCGUGGCGGUUGAACGUUUCUGAUCUACGAUCGCUACGAUAUCCAUAUGCCGAAUUCGCGUUUACCGAUAACAAUGCUGUUGUUAUGCAAAGUUGGGAAGGUGUGGAAAUUGUCGAAGAUGGAGUAUCCAGACUGAUUUUUGGAAGAGAAAAUGGGGCCGAGAUCACGCCGUCCGCAGAUCGGAAGUAUUUUGCUAUGAUGGAUCACGCGCCGAAUCCGGGAAUGAAUCCGCAGAACGAGACGUUUCAUUUGAAAAUUGUGAACAAUAAUGAGAGGUUGAAUCCCCUGUUACCCUUUGAGGUUGAAGAACUUUUCCGUGAACUUUCGGAUUCCAGAAUCACAUACGACAUUGGCCUCCGCAAGGAAGAGUCCGUGAUUCAGGCGUUCAAGUGGAAUGGGAAGUUCAAUGAUUUUGUUUUCGUUGAAAGUAAUAAAAUCUACUACCAAAGUAGUCCUGAAGAAGAAGGCUUGACUCGUGUGAGCAAUGGAGGUGAACACACAGUCGACGGACUUUUUGAUUGGAUCUACGAGGAGGAAAUAUUCGGAAGAAAGGAUGCAAUGUGGUGGUCAACAAAAGGAGAUCAACUCGCAUAUGCUUCAUAUGACAACCAUCUUACAAAGAAUGUCUCCUUGAAAACCUACCACCGUCUAGAGCCCUACCCAAUUGACACAAAUUUCCACUACCCGAAAACCUUUGCAAAAGUCUUGCCAACUUAUACGCUUUCGAUAUGGAACAAGAAAACGGAACAAUCCAGGCAGUUAGAUGUUCAGUUGAAGGAUAGUCUGUCCUAUCAUUAUUUGCUGGCAGUGAAGUGGUUGGAGAUUAAUGGAACAGAGCAAUUGGUGUCGGUAUGGACAAAUCGGUACCAAAAUGAGGUGGCGUUGACGAUUUGUGACUGGGACACUGCGAUUUGUCGUUUGGAAUUUGAAUACAAAUAUGCCUCAAAACGAUGGGUAACUCAUGAUGAUUUCCACUCGAUCACCUCAUUCGAGGACACUCUCUUCUUCCUUCUUCCACAUGACAAACGUGACAAUGCCUUCCAACAAGUUGCAUCUCUUCGACUCUCACAUGGACAACUUAGAACUCCGAAGUUCCUGAACCUCGGUGAAUACGAUGUCACAUCAAUCAACGGUAUCAAUAAAGAAACCAGAACAAUUUUUUUCCACGCAGCCGCGCCAAAACCUUCCCACAGAUCGCUUUUCUCGUAUAGCUUGGCCGAUGAAUCUCGAAACUCGGCAUAUUGCAUCUCGUGCUCUAUUAAAAAUUGCACAUGGGCUCAAGCUCAAAUGGAUGAUCAGAUGAAAACGGCAAUUGUUUCAUGCAAAGGACCAGCUGCGCCCCAUACAGCAAUAGUGAACUUGACUCGAAUGGACAGUGACAAAAAAACAGAGCAUGCGAAUCUCCUCUACGACAAAACCUAUCAAAAUCGUGUAGAAGAAGCUGGUCUUCCGGUGAUUAUCAAAGAGACUAUCAAAAUUUCUGAUGACUUUGAUGCCCUUAUCAAGCUCUCAAUUCCAAAAGACAUUUACAACCGAGACAAACAUCAGGCAAUACCGUUGAUUGUUCAUGUAUACGGAGGACCUAACGAUCAGAACACGAAGGAGGCGACUCAAAUUGGAAUCGAAGAAGUUGUGGCUUCAGCGUCACAAGCCGCCAUUUUAAGGAUUGAUGGAAGAGGAAGUGGUGGACGAGGAUGGAAGUAUAGAUCAGCAAUUUAUGGGCAGUUGGGAACGGUGGAGGUGGAGGAUCAGAUUAAAGCUAUCAAAGUUGUCCUCCGUCUCUACCGUCACUUAUUAGAUGCUCGCCGAGUUGCCGUUUUUGGCUGGUCCUAUGGCGGUUUUAUGACGCUCUCCAUGGUCAAUGAAGCUCCAGAGCAGUUCUUCAAGUGCGCAGUUUCAGUGGCGCCAGUCACUAAUUUUGCAUAUUAUGAUGCAACCUACACUGAAAGAUAUAUGGGUGAUGCACCGUUAGAGUCGUACAGCGAUGUGACUAAGAAAUUGGACAACUUCAAAUCUACACGACUUCUUCUGAUGCAUGGGCUUCUGGAUGACAAUGUGCACUUCCAAAACAGUGCAAUCCUAAUUGAUGAGCUACAAAAUCGGGGAGUCGAUUUUGACUUGAUGGUCUACCCAAAUCAAGCGCAUUCCCUGUCCAGUCGGACGUCUCAUGUCGUUGGAAAAAUGACACAUUUCCUUAGACAAUGUUUUUACACUGAUAAGUAGAUUGUUGAAAAAAAAACCUAGGGAAAACAUUUGCACUACGGGUUUGAUACUUGCUUUUACAUGAUUGAUGUAUUUAUUUUUUGAUAAAACAGAUUUGAAAUAAAACUUCAAAUAACUAA